ACUGAUUGUCAUAUUGACGUAGUUGACAUAUCAUAAAUGUAAAUGCAAUUGCGCCCUGCAUAUGCACUAAAUUGAAGUAAUAUUACAGCAUCUAAAAAGUGAAAGAUGGCCUACAAUUUUCCUGGAAUGCCUGCAACACCUAUGCCACCAAUGGGAAUGGGUGCAAUGGGACCUCUAGGACCAAUUCCUGGUCCACAGAGUUUCAUGGAAUUAGCUAGUCAAGGAUUUCCUCCCCUGCCACCAAUACCUUUGCCAGGUAUGAAUGAUUCGCCACUGGAAUUCAGCACAAAUAAAAAUCAACCUCCAAUCGUUCGCGAAAGCACCGAUGACAGUAAUGAGAGAAGAAACGAAAAAAAUGAUAAUCGCAAGGAACGUGAAGCAAGGGAAAAUCGAGAUAAUCGUGACAAUAGAAGAUCGCGAGGAGAUCGAAAUGAUCGACGUGAAAGAGAUCGCGAAAGAAGGGACGAAAGAAACGAGCGCGAUAGAAGAGAUGAAAGACGAACAAACGAGGAGAGAAAUAAUGCAAAUGUCACAAGUAAUAGUGCACAACAUGUAAAUUCAAAUGGAAAUGAAGUUCAAGGACAACACACAGCAACAAGUAGCGCAACAACAAUUGGAGCUCAAAUUGAACCAUCGACAAGUGUUUGGAGUAUGGGUGUUGGUUAUCCAAUGAUGGGAAUGGGUCCAAUUGGUCCAAUGGGCCCAAUGAUGAGCGAAAUGGCACUUGGACCACAUAUGGGACACGCUCACGGUUAUGGACCAAUGGGCAUGAGCAUGAUGUCCCACGAGGGUGCCAUUAUGAGUGCACAAAUGCUUGGACCAGAACAAAUAAUAACCGAUACUGCGGCUCAAUUAAUAUCCAGCGCAUUGCCACCGCCACCUUCACCUUUAACUCAAAAUGCCAAAGAAAUUAUUCAUUGCAAAAGUUGCACAUUAUUCCCACCCAAUCCUAAUGCACCGCCACCGACCACAAGAGAAAGACCGCCAGGUUGUCGCACAAUUUUCGUUGGUGGACUGCCGGAAAACAUAUCGGAGACAAUCAUACAAGAAAUAUUUGAACGUUGCGGAGAAAUAACAACAUUGCGAUUGUCGAAGAAAAAUUUUUGUCAUAUACGCUUUGUUUUGGAAGCCAGUGUCGAUGCAGCGAUAUAUCUUUCUGGUUAUAGGGUCAGAAUAGGAUCAAAUGGUGAUGCUGCCAAUACAGGUAGACUUCAUGUGGACUUUGCUCAGGCAAGAGACGAUCAGUACGAAUGGGAAUGCAGACAAAGGCAAUUGCAAAGGGAACAACGUCACCGAGAACGGGUCGAAAAAGAAAGACAAAGACCACCUUCCAGUCCACCUCCAGUUGUACAUUACACCGAUCAUGAGGCUUCAAAUGUCUGCGAAAAAAUUAAGCAAGACGAUACAUUCAUGAAAGCCGUACAGGUUGUGGUCACCUGGCUAGAACGUGGCGAUUGUACAAAACGAAAUGCAAACACAUUUUAUUCAAUGAUUCAAUCGACAAAUUCACAUGUUCGCCGAUUACUUUCGGAAAAGGCACUGUAUGAAGAGGAAUUACAAAAGGCAAAGGAACUUAUGAAGGGAAGAAUGCAAGGACUUCUAAUACAGUUCAGUCAAAUCGAACGAGUUUUUACUGCUGCCAGCCACAAGAAAGUUUGGGAUCACUUCACCAAGGCACAACGGAAGAACAUUGAAAUGUGGAAGAAACAAUCAUCGGAAAUAAAAGCAGUUCAAUUGGAAGAAGCUCUCAUGGAAGGCGAAGGAGAAAUGGAAGUCUCGGAUUCCGAGGAUGAACCACAACGAAAAAAACAGAAAAACUUAACAGACAAUCAUGAGGACAUGGAAAGAGUGCAAAUACUAAAAGAAGAAAAUGACAGUUUGAGAUGUCAACUAGAAGCGUACAAAAACGAGGUUGAUCUACUGAAAUCAGAAACUAAAAAUGAAAUGGACGGGAAGGAAAAACAAAUGAAAAUGUUACAACAAACUCUAAAGGGAAUGCAAGAACAAUUAAUGCAAUCGAGAAAGCAACAAGCACAAGACGAUCAAAAAAUAAAGGAUCUCACGUUAAAAUUGAAUGCCACCAAAAAAGAAGAACCGUCUGAAAAUGAGGUAAUAACUCUAGAUAAAGAUGACGAUGUAAAUGAGGAGUCAAAAACACCAAAGCAUCUAUCAACAAUCGGAUCGAUUCAGAUUACACAAAAAGAUGCUAAACUAAUAGGACUUAUAGCAACAUUUUUACAUAUCCAUCCAUUCGGUGCUAGUGUCGAUUACAUUUGGUCGUAUUUACAAAAAAUGGAACCCGGCUUACGACCGAACGAAGUGGAAUUAUUAAUGCAAAGAUUUCCACAAGUAUUUAAACAAGAAUUAUCAGGAAUUGGUGCAAAUAUGGAAAGGCGUUGGCAAUUCUCAGGUUUCAAUGCCUAUCGAAUUCACUAGUUAACAAAAAUGGAGAGGGGAAAAAAAAGAACAAAAUAAUAUACAUAAAACAUAAACAAAAACACCAAACGAUUAUGAUCCCGAAAAGUUGAUCUCUAGGGAUAUUUAUUUCAACAUUGAAAAUUAUAGUUUGCCAUAUUAGUAUUUAAGGUAUGCAUGUGUUUAAUAUAAAAGACACUAAAAUUGUCUUUUAAAAAUGAUAUUGUGAUUUGUGUGAUGAAAAUGAUGAAAAGAAAGCGUCAUUCUAGUCCGCACUAUUAGACGAGUGGUUUAGUAUGAUUUUUCCAAUUAAUAAAAAUAUAAUAAUAAUAAUGCAAAAGAAACACUUAUUAAAAACUAAGAAAAAUUGAUACUUAGUUAUAUUGUAAAUUUUAAACAAGUAUUAUUGCAAUGACGCUCCUUAUACUUAAAUUUACAAAUCGUAUAAAAAAUGAGUUGAAAUUUAAAACAAAGAAAUAUAUAUAUAUAAACGCUAAAAAAUAUAUAUUUAUCAUUUAUGUU